AUGUCGUACCUUCUUGAUCUUAUAAGUUCCUAUAGGAACAAUAGGAAAAUUCUGCUUCUUAUCGUUUAUAUUGCCCUAUUCCUUGAUAAUAUGCUACUCACAACAGUUGUACCUAUUAUCCCUGAAUACCUACUCCGCAUGGAACAUCCAAAUGAAACCGAUAUUUUAUUCAGUCAGGAUAACCAGAAGCGUGUUAAAAGACAGUGGGAAGACGAUGAUAGUUGGGAUGUCCCACUUAAGCUUGGAAACAAUGCAAAAAUAGACUGGGAAGAGAACCCGAUUGGACCAGUUGGACGCAGUGAGGACAAUCGGAAGGAGUCUCGCAGAAAGAAUUUGAAAAGCACGAACCGUGAAUACGAUGACCGACGAAAGUACAUGAACCCAGCUGCCCAGAAACCUCCGAUGAAUAAAGACGAACCGCCGAAACGAAUAAUUAACGAAGAAGAGAGACACAAACUACUGGCCAGUGAAAAUGUUCAUGUGGGAUUUAUGUUUGGUUCGAAGGCUUUGGUUCAGCUUCUUGUCAAUCCAUGGAUCGGUCCUCUGACUAAUAGAAUUGGUUAUACUCUUCCAAUGUUUGGAGGUUUCGUUAUCAUGUUCUGCUCAACAAUUAUUUUUGCUUUUGGGGAAUCAUAUUUUACACUUUGGCUGGCUCGAGCUCUUCAGGGUGUUGGAUCAGCGUGCACUAGUACAUCAGGAAUGGGAAUGUUGGCUCAGGCUUAUCCGGACGAUUUGGAAAGAGGAAGCGCAAUGGGUAUUGCUUUGGGAGGUUUGGCUCUCGGAGUUUUGGUUGGACCACCUUACGGAGGACUUUUGUACCAGUGGAGUGGAAAAGAACUCCCAUUUGUUUUACUCGCUCUUUUGGCGCUGUUUGAUGGAUCAAUUCAAUUCAUGGUUCUUCAACCAAAAAUUGAUCGUGGUGAGCCAGAAGGAUCAACCAUCAAGCAAUUGGCUAAGGACCCGUACAUCAUUGUUGCUGCUGGCGCCAUCACUAUCGGAAAUCUUGGAAUCGCUAUGUUGGAGCCUUCAUUGCCACUCUGGAUGAUGGAAUCAUGGGGAGCAAACUCAUUGGAGAGAGGAGCUGCUUUCUUGCCAGCUUCUAUUUCUUAUUUGAUUGGAACUAACAUUUUCGGACCAUUGGCUCAUCGUAUUGGAAGAUGGCUAUCCUCCUUCAUCGGACUUGUUGUAAUUGGUUUCAGUCUUCUUUCAAUUCCAUCCGCCACCUCUGUUGCGGGCCUCAUUAUCCCUCACGGCCUUCUCGGAUUCUCCAUCGGUAUGAUUGAUGCGUCCAUGUUCCCGCUCAUGGGUUACCUCGUUGAUAUCCGUCACGUCGGUGUCUAUGGAUCGAUCUACGCCAUCGCCGAUGCCGCCUUUUGUUUUGCCUUUGCCCUUGGACCCUUCUUCUCCGGGCCACUUGUCAAGAGUCUUGGAUUCCCAACAAUGAUGUACAUCAUUGCCAUCAUUAGUUUCCUCUACGCUCCGCUGAUGUUCCUCCUCAAAAAUCCACCAGUCUUGAUCGAGCCAACCACCCAAACUCAACCAGUGGAGCUCCGUCCAAAUGGAGAAACCCGAGUAACCAAUGAGAAUUACGAGAGAAUCGAGGGAAUGAAUAUUGCUGGACAAUUGCAACAAAACAAUAUGUACUCUGCUACCAGCGCAUUCUAG